AUGGGUGGCACGUGUUUCUUUCCGUUCCACUACAAAGGUGGGCUCUUCCAUGACUGUGUCAAGUUCAACGCAAAACACAAGUGGUGCUCCUUGAAUGAAACUUAUGAAGGAUAUUGGAAGUAUUGUUCUGAAGAAGACUUCGCAAAAUGUGUGUUUCCUUUCUGGUACAGACACAUGAUAUACUGGGGAUGUACCGAGGACGGGGACACAUUUGGGAAACCAUGGUGUUCACUCACCCAGAAUUAUAACAAGGACAAGGUUUGGAAAUACUGUCUUUGA